AUGCUCCGCCUCGCGACCUCCUCGAGGCCCUUGUCGCCAUCAGUACCGUCUCCGCUGCGCCCGACUCUUCUGCAAUGCCGCGCACUCCUCUCCACUAGCUCCAGUGACGAUACCGCUGGCUUCAAGGCCGCCGACGGGCAGCGCUUGAAUCGCUACAGCGCAGUGAUUACGCAAUCGAAAGCACGAGGCGCGUCGCAGGCCAUGCUCUAUGCCACGGGCCUGACUGAAGCGGACAUGGACAGGCCGCAAGUCGGUAUUGCGUCCAUGUGGUGGGAGGGGAAUCCGUGUAAUAUGCACCUAUUGGACCUCGCCCGUGACGUCAAGAAGGGCGUGACCGCUGCUGACCUCGUCGGUCUGUGCUUCAAUACAAUCGGGGUUAGUGACGGGAUCAGCAUGGGCACAGACGGGAUGAGCUACAGUCUCCAGUCGCGGGAGCUAAUUGCUGACUCAAUUGAAACCGUCAUGGGCGGACAGUGGUACGAUGGAAACAUCUGUAUUCCAGGAUGUGACAAAAACAUGCCUGGCUGCGUCAUUGCUAUGGCUCGCGUGAACCGCCCGUCGCUCAUGGUUUACGGGGGCACGAUCCGUGCUGGCUGUAGCUAG